AUGAUAACCAAAUUUUACCAGCACCCCUUGGCCUUGACCUUUGCUGUAGAGGAGAUCAACAUGAAUCCCAAGAUCUUGCCUAAUGUCACCCUCGGCUUCCACAUCUAUGACACAUACAAUGAUGAUAAGAUGACCUACCGCACCACUCUAGAUCUGCUUUAUAAAUGCCAUGGAUAUUUCCCAAAUUAUGCAUGUGACAUCCAGAAAAAUCUAAUGGCCAUCAUAGGGGGACUUGGAUCUGAUGUCUCCUUCCACAUGGCAGAUAUUCUAGCCCUCUAUAAGAUUCCACAGCUCACAUAUGGGUCAUUUCCCCCAGUUGACAGGGAAAAUGCGAAGUCCUCUUCCUUUUACCGCAUGGUUCCCAAUGAAACCCAUCAGUACACAGGGAUUGUCCAGUUACUUCAGCACUUUGGAUGGAUGUGGGUUGGGCUCUUUGCCAUGGCUGACAAGAGUGGAGAACAAUUCAUCCAGGAAAUGGAGCCUUUGCUUUUCCACCAUCGAAUUUGUGUGGCCUUCACAGAAAUGUUUGAAAGCCAAAGCUGUUGGAAUACCUUUGAUGAUAUUAUAUAUUCAUUUUCAGGUGCUUAUCGAGCUUUGGUACACAGCAAAUCCAAUACUUUUAUCCUUUAUGGAGAAACUAUGACCAUUAUUUUGCUGACUACAUUGCUAUACGUAGGUAAUCGUGAACUGCUGGAAAAUACUUCCUCUAGAAGGGUGUGGAUUGUGACAGCUCAGGUUGAUUUUGCAUUAGCAGGAACUCAGAGGGCCUGGGGUCUUGAAUUCUUCCAGGGUGCAAUCUUCUUCUCAAUCCACUCGCAAUCGGUGCCAACAUUCCAGAAAUUUCUUCAAGAUAUAAACCCUUAUUGGAUAGAAGGAAAUAGUUUUCUCAAGGAUUUCUGGGAACAAGCAUUUGACUGUUCACUUCCAAAUUCUCAAGAAUCAUCUGAGAUUGUUGGGACCUGUACUGGGGAGGAGAAGCUGGAAACACUUCCUGCACCUCUUUUUGAAAUGCAGAUGAUUGGCCACAGCUACAGCAUCUAUAAUGCAGUCUAUGCCAUAGCACAUGCUCUGCAUGACAUGCAGCUAUCCUACUCAAGGCUUCACCAAUUUCUUCGACAUAUUUCCUUUAACAACUCAGCAGAAGAAACAGUGUCUUUCACUGGUAAGAAGGAAAUAGGAGGUGGUUUUGAUGUCAUGAACUUGGUCGUAUUCUCAAACAAGUCUUAUGAGAAAGUGAAAAUUGGAAAAGUGGAUCCCGAUGCUAUUGAAGGAAAGGAAUUGAUCAUUGAUGAGGACAGAAUUCUGUGGCAGAGUCGCUUCAACCAGGUGGUGCCCAUUUCACUGUGCAAUGACUACUGCCUUCCUGGUUCUCAGAAGCAAAAGAAAGAAGGAGAGAAAUUUUGCUGUUACGAUUGUGUUCGUUGCCCUGAUGGAAAGAUUUCAAACCAGAAAGAUAUGGAGGAUUGUAUUGGAUGCCCAGAAGAUCAAUAUCCAAACAAGGACAAAGACCAAUGCAUUCCCAAGAUAAUCAGCUUUCUGUCUUAUAAUGAACCUUUAGGAAUCAGUGCAGCUUCAGCGGCACUUUCUUUUUCCCUAAUCACAGUGUUGGUCCUGGUAAUUUUUAUUAAGCAAAGAGAUACUCCCAUAAUCAGAGCCAACAACCGGGAUCUCACCUAUGCCCUUCUUAUCUCUCUCCUGCUCUGCUUCAUUUCUUCUUUUCUCUUCCUUGGAAAACCUACCAAGGUGUCCUGUUUCCUCCGACAAUCCGCUUUUGGCGUCAUCUUCUCAGUAGCUGUUUCUUGUGUCUUGGCCAAAACCAUCACUGUGGUUGUGGCAUUCAUGGCUACAAAGCCAGGGUCCAGCAUGAGGAAGUGGGUGGGGAAAAGACUGACCAACUCAGUCAUCCUUCUUUGCACUCUUAUUCAAGCAGGCAUAUGUGUGCUGUGGCUUGGAACGUCUCCCCCAUACCCACAUUUAGACAGGAAGUCCCUAACUACACAGAUUGUAGCAGAAUGUAAUGAAGGGUCUGCCAUCAUGUUUUAUAGUGUUUUGGGCUACUUGGGACUUCUGUCCCUCAUCAGCUUGAGCAUGGCUUUCCUAGCCAGGAACUUGCCAGACACUUUUAAUGAGACCAAAUAUAUCACUUUCAGCAUGCUGGUGUUUUGUAGUGUUUGGUUCUGUUUUGUUCCAACCUAUUUGAGCACCAAAGGGAAAUACACAGUAGCCGUGGAGAUCUUCUCUAUCUUGUCUUCCAGUGCUGGGCUACUGAUUUGCAUCUUUUCUCCUAAAUGCUACAUUAUUCUGUUGAGACCUGAGCUGAAUAAAAAGGAACAGUUAUUACGAAGAGUACAAUUAAUGUAUUAA